AUGUCUCAAAUAUUUCAAAAUGGAAGUAGCGAAUCUCCUUCGCUAAUAACUCCAAUAUCAACUACUUUAUCAACUACUUCAGAAAAAUCUAUAGAUUUUUCUUCAUUUUUAGCAAAAGAAUUUAAUGUUAAAGCAUGGAUAAAUGACGCUCUUUCUUGUGCAAAUUUAAAUUCUUCCCCAACUUCAAAUUCUUCAAAUUCGACUUCCACUGAUAAUAAUAUUGAUAAUAAAUCUACUCAUGAUAUUUCAUCCAUUAAUGAAUUACAAUCAUUAGAAUUUCAUUCGGCUGCUUUGGUAGAAAAACUUCAAUUUUUAAAUCAAGAAAUUUCUCUUCGUUUAGAAAAAACUAUCGAUGAUGUGGUUAAAGGAAUUCCAAAUAUUAUGUCCGAUCUUCAAAUAAUGUCUCAAGAUGUUGUUAACCUAAAACAAGGUGUUCUUCAUGUAAAAUCUAAUCUUACCACUAUCGAUGAAAAUUCUGGUAAAGCUUUGGAACGUUUGAAAUAUCUUGAUUUGGUUAAAUCUCGUAUGGAAAGUUCUAGAGAUUUAUUAAGAGAAGCUGAAAAUUGGAAUAAUUUAGAAUCUGAAGCUAGUACUAUUUUUGCUUCUCAAGAUUAUCAAAAAGCUAGUAUGAGAUUACAAGAUGCUGAAAAAAGUUUGGUAAUAUUUCAAAAUACUCCUGAAUAUGAUGAAAGAAGAAAAUUGUUAACUGAACUUCAAAAUCAACUUGAAGCUACUGUUAGUCCUCAAUUGGUUGCUGCUUUAAGUCAACAUGAUACUAGUGCUUGUCAAAAAUUUUAUAUUAUUUUCUGUCAAAUUGGAAGGAAAAAAGAAUUUUGUAAUUAUUAUUAUGGUUCAAGGAAAGCUCCUCUCGUUAAAAUGUGGCAAAAUGUUGCUUUAAUUGAAGAUAAUCAAUCUCAAUUAUUUCAUUCAUCCCAUUCACCUCAUUCUUCUCAAUCUUUUAAUUCAACUUCUGUUGUCUCUCCUACUGUAACCGCUUUUCAACAAGAUCAACAACCUUUAUCUCCUUCUCUUCCUCAAUUUAGAAAAAAAUUUGUUGAUUUUUUAAAAGAAUUUUUACAAGAAUUAUUCGUCAUUUUAAAUGAAGAAUAUACUUGGUGUGGUAAUGUAUUUCCUGAUAAUAAUGAAACUUUAGUAGCCUUAAUUGAAAACAUUUUUAAUUCCUUGAAACCUUCUUUGGGUGCUAGAUUAGCUAUGUUAGUUAAUUAUUAUAAUGAACAAUGUUUACCCGAAAUUAUUAAUGCUUUUAUGAUAACUGAAAAUUUUGGUAGACAAAUGGAAAGAGUUUUAUUUAAUCCUAUUCAAAUUGGUUCUGCUAUUGGUCGUAUUACAACUUCUUCAGGUUCAAUUCUUACUUCAAAACCUUUUUCAAAAGGUGGAAGUUUAUCUAAUUGGGGUAAUGUUAUUUUUGAACCUUUUUCUGAAUAUCAACAUGAUUAUUCAGAAUUCGAAAAAAAUUUUUUACUUAGUGAACUUAAAAGAAUUCUUCAAAUAAAUCGUGAUUCUACUUCAAUUGAUUUGGCUCGUAUUAUGGUUGAAAAUAUUGGCAAAAUUUUUUCUAUGGCUGAUGAUGCUUUACAACGAUGUAUGACUCUUACUCAUGGUUUUGCUGGUAUUGGUUUAGUUGAUGCUUUAAAUCAUUAUUUCAUUUCUUUUGUUAAAGAAUAUCAACAAUUAUUGGUUCGUUUAAGAAUUGAUUGUGGUUUGAAUAAUUUAAAUUCUAAUCAUGAUUUCAUUACAAUUACUCAAAAAAAUUCUAAUUUAAAUGAUUAUUUGGAUUUUGAUCAAGAUAAAUUACAACAAGAAGAUUGGUCUAAUUUUCAAAUUGGUUUAAGAUCUUUGGCUACUUGUAAAUUGGCUUUUGAUAAGUUACACUCUUUCGAAGAUUCUUUAAGGUUAACUUUGAUUAGUGUUAAAGAAUUAAUCGAUCAAGAUUUAGGUAAUGAAGAUUUGGAAUGGUAUGAAAGAAGAUCUAAUCUUUCAAUUAAUGAUUCAAUGGGUUUAAAUUCUAUCGGAACUCAAUCUUCUAUAUUAUUAUUAAAGCAAUCAUUACUUAAUAGUUAUCAAUUAGUUUCAUUACUUCCAAAUAUUGAAUCAAAUUCCACUGAUUCAAAAUUAUUAUCUUCUGCUCAAAAAUCAAUAGAAACUUUUAUAAGGCAAUCUCAACGUUUCGUUUUUGAUACUAUAUUUUUACCUAUAGUAAAUCAUCUUUCUAAUUUACCUAUGAUGGAAAUUUGGUGUGCCGCUGCUGAACCUGUUCAAGUCUCUCCAUUUAAUUUAGAGAUACCUACUUUUUCAUUGAGUCCAAGUGAAUAUAUUACAAGAAUUGGUGAACAUUUAUUAACAUUACCACAACAAUUUGAAGUUUAUGCCGAUGAUGAAAGUUUGGCUUUUAGUAUAAAAUCAUUACCUUUUUGUGAUGAAGUUGAAGGAAAAGAUGAUAAUAUUAGUGUUACUGGAAAGAAAGAUGAAAAUACUUUGUCUAAUGUACAAGGUUCAGAGGUUAAUGAAAUUAAUUCAAAAACUUCUACAUUAUCUUCAGUUAAGAUUGCGAGUGAGAGUACUGUUUCACUUGUUGAUCCUUCUAUCGUUCAACAACCACAACCCACAAAUGAGGAAAUUUCAACUGAAGAAGUAACACAUGCUUGGAUAACUUCCGUUGCUAGAGGAACAAUGCACGCAUUAUUUGAACGGAUUCUUAUGAUACCUCAAUUAUCAUCACAUGGUACUCGACAGUUGUUAACAGAUCUUGGAUAUUUAACAAAUGUUUUGAGUGCCUUAGAAAUUGAACCUACAAGGGAGAUUAUAAAAACUAUUAAAGUCUUGGAAAUGGAUGAGGAUAGUGUAGUUAACGCUUUAAGAGCAAAAACGGGAAGUAUUGGUCAAAGUCCGAUUAAUGAUUUUGAAGACGUAAAAGAUAAUGAAAUUUUGGAUAAAGUUGCAAGCGUUAGAGGAAUUAGAUUAUUAGAUCUAGGUUUUUAA